GAUGUUUGCGGUCUUGUUGUUUGUUGCUUUUUGCUUGGUUUUGUUUAGGAGUCAUUCUUUACCGUUGGAAGUCAUUCAAAUUAUUUUAAAUUUAAUUGUAAAGAAACUGCCAAGAACUUCGAUAAUGUCUGAUCAAUAUGACAUUUUCGAUAAUUUAAACAGUUACCUGAAUGCGGACGACGAUGUUGACUUCGCGGAAGAUGAACUGGAAGCCGAAUGUAGGAAUCUGGACGACCAGGUGCCCGAUCCGGACGAGAUUCCUCCGCCGAUAAAACAGAAACGUGCCGCCAAAGGCACACAGGUAACGACGGCAAAACCAGAACCGGCCCCAGUUCCCCGCCGAAGAAGUCAACGGUUAACCGCUGCUGCAACAGAAGCCGAAUCGACCGAUGAUGAGGGGCUAUCCAGUGGUUCUACAACGUCACUUCUCGGCCCAUCGAGCUCACACUCGUCGUUAAAAAGCCAACCUUCCGAGGUGCGUUCGGUCGACUUGUCCGGUGAUGAUUUGGAUGAACAACUGAAAGAAGUUCAGAGACAAUAUGACUUAAUCUUCAACAAUCCUGCUUGUACUGGACAGGACAAGCGUUAUUUUGCCGGUUUGAAAAGACGCUUCCAGACAAUGCUCAAACGGAAAAAUUCUCCUCGUGGUAGGAGUGCAACGUUUAUGCAAGAUUUCGAAUCGUUGAAGGAGACUCUCUAUAAUAUUUGUAUAAAUUGGAACCUGAUGGCCGCUCGAUCGGUUGCUUCCCGUUCCACGUCCAACGGCAGUAUUGGCGAUGGGCGGUCAACACGUCGAGCAAGACGGCAACAGCAACUCGAGGUGAUCAACCUAGUGGACAGUCCGGCAUUGAUUCUCCCGGGAACGAUCAAUUUGGACUCCGAUGAGGAUGAUGUCGCGCCUGCCGCUAGCAACAGAAGUGCGAAUCUUUCGUUUGACUCGGAAAACUAUGAGGUUUCGCUGAAGAUCAAGUGGGAGGGCAAAAUCGAACGCUUCAGUCACCGGAAGUUUCAAAAGUUCGGAGAUUUGAUAGCCGUGCUGGCCGAGAGGGCGGGUGCCGAUCCUAGUCAUGUAGUUCUGGAUUUGGAUGAACGCAUCAUUGAACCGGACGAUACGCCGGAUUCGAUCGGGUAUCGAAUAUCACAAUUUAUAGCUGGUCGAGUGGUGCGAGGAGAACUGGCCGAGGUGUUUGCCAAGAAGAAAAAGUCCAAUGCCACAGGACUAACGUCCAAAGCCCAAAGACCCAAGGAUGCCAACGAGAUAGCUCUUAAAGUUCAGUCGGACCGUUGGAAGAAACCCUUGGAGGUGAAAAUCCGAAAGGAUAAUAAAAUGAUGAUUUUGAUUAUCAAAUGCGCCGAAGAGCUGAAGUGCCAACCGGGGGAUAUAAAGCUGUCGUUUGAUGGAGACCCAGUCGCAUUGGAUUCCACGCCGGUUGAUCUUGAGCUGGAGGGCGGUGAAAUACUGGAUCUGCGUUUCCUAAAGGGAUGAUCGUCGAGUUGUUUGUUAUGCGUAUUUAUUUAAGCAUUUCCUAUGAAUGAUGUGAACUGAAAAUGCAUUUUCAUGUUACUUACCUUUAAGCUUUUGUUUAAUAAUUCAGCUACCUGUAUUUUGAACA